AUGCUUUAUGCGUCGUAUUCAUUUGCCCUCUCGUGUUAUGCUUCUCAUGUUAUACUUGAUCUCGUAUCCACCUUCUGUUUUUCUUUUCGUGGAUUUGCUGUAUUUUUAAUCGCACCAGUACUUUCUGAUCUUGUCUCUCUGGCUCUCGUUUGUCCGAUUACACCUAUUGUACUUCUUGUUGCAAAUAAAAAUCUCGUAAACUUCAAUGAAAUUUUGUCAUUAUCUUCAUUGUCGACAGACAGCCCACAGCAAUUGCCUAUAAUUCCAAACUGUCGUUUGGCGAUCCUUUCCCAAAUAUUAUGA